UCCAAGUGCGUGCCUGUUUUAAGUGUCUACAUCUGUAACGAAUGAAAUUAUAUUAAACAAUAUCCUGAAAAUGAACUCGAAACUUAUUAUUUUUAUUGCGUUUAUAUGCAUUGGUUUGCUCUUAGAAACUGGAGCAGUAACUGAAAAACGCUCCUGUUUCAAUUGUAUUGAAACAUUUAAGAAUGCAUCGAAUGCCACCAGCAAACAUAUCGACAACACGAAGAUCAAAGUCAAUGAAACCAAGAAUUUCAUGAGAAAAUUAAAGUUCACUAAUCCUGAGGAUUUCGUAUUAUCUGGAGUACAAAUGUUCACUAACAACUCCGAGUGGAAAUUAUCAAUGAAGCCUCGAGUGUCACGUAUCAAGCACCCACUCAGCUCAUUCAUAAACCGUUUUAAGCAUAAACUGGACUUCCUUCACAAGAAGAAACCCCUCAAAUUGGAUAAGCCCCAAGAGAAACAAUAUUAUAUGAUUUUCAAGGAGAAGCUUCAUAUGGUGCUCUACGACAAACACUUUUCGCCCAAGCUAAGCGUCGUUAAGCUAAUGUACACCAUAGUCGAGGGGUUUUGGAAUCCAAACUUGAUUCGGUAAGCUAAGGUCAAAUUUCCAUUCAAGUUAAUCAAAAUCACAAUGAGUUGGUCUUUGAUGAAUAAGAGUUGAUCGAAUGAGGGACAUAUGUUAAUGCAGUUUGGAA